AUGCUUGCCUUCCUCAGUCUCCUUCUCAGCCUGGAUAUGUUCCAAGAGGUCUACCUGAGCUUUCUGUUGGUUGGGCAUACACAUGAAGACAUUGACCAGCUCUUCUCCACUGCUCAGACAAAGUUCCAUACCUCUUCCAUUCACACCCCAAGGUAA